AUGCAGAAACGUUUCGUGAAGCUUCAGUCAUUUCGACCACAGUACAUGGACGAAUACGAGAAGCUCGAAGCGAAGCUCAAGCAACUCUACGAGGUGUACGUAGUGAAAUUUCGGAAUUUGGCAUACCUUCAACAAUUGCAGCUUGAGAUCGAGAGAACCGACCGACAGAAGCAGGAGGAAUCGGAGCGCACAAUGAGGCAGGUGGUGGAGAAGAUGCGCAUGGAACUUAACAACCAAGAAGAACUAAUGGAGGAGGAAGUGCCGCCAAUGAACCCCGCUAGGCGAAAUUCGGAGAGGAAAGUAUACGGUAACAUGACUGGAGCUGGAAUGUCGGACGACGACGACGAUAAUGAAGAAGUCGAUGCAGCUGCAAUGCAGACUGACAGUGAGGAAGAACAGCACAAGCCUCAUGACGACGAUCAUGACAAGCUCGAUCUUAGCAGCGGUGACGACUUUUAA